AGGCACAACUGUGAGUUGAAAGAGGCAAAGAGCGUUGCCAUUUGUGAGGCUACCUGUAGAAGACUAUCAGCAAAUCAAUUGCCGAACCAAAUUAGUUUCAUCAACUAAUCACAACCAAAAUCAAAACCCAUGGAGUAGAUCGUAAUUGAAACCAAAACAAAAGCAAAAGGUAGAGAUUUUGAUUAUGGAAGAAAAGGAAACGUGCUUUGAAUGCCUUGAACGCCGAAUCAAGUCUGAUUGGUCGGAUCAGCUACAGUUUUGUUAUGGCAUCUCCGAUUCUCCUCUCCCCUUUGGCUCCUCCGCUAUCGUUCAAUUCUCUCUUUCUAAUUCUUCACCUUCACCCACCUCUCAAUUCAUUUUGUCCUAUCUUCCCACUCAUUCACACCAUUGCUUCUCCAAAUACAUAGAUCAAUAUACUUUGCAAAAUGGAGAAGAAACAGAGGUUAGUUCUGGAACUGGUACUGGCGGUACUUAUUUAUCAGAUACUUUAAUGGGUGAAUCUCAGUUUUUGUCUAAUGGGAUGGGAUAUGAAUGUUGUGCUUGUAACCAUUGUGGUAAAUUCUCUUGUUUAAGAACAAUUACUGCUUUGGCCCCUCUUGCUUAUGUUGGUAUUUCAUCUUAUUCUGGUUUUCAAGAACAUGCUUCUAGUUCCCUAUCUGGGACUUUGGAAGAUCAUAUAUUGUCCUCGAUUAAUCUUCUUAUUCAAGAAAAAGCUUCUGGGAGAGAUGGUGUUAAUUAUAUGCGUCUACUUGGGGUUCCAUCAUUUGAUGAGAAUAGUAUCCCAGGUUGUCUCAGGCAUCCCAAUAUAGCACCUGUUCUUGGGUUAUUGAAAACACCUGGAUAUAUCAAUUUGUUGCUCCCUAGAACUCCAUAUACUUUGGAGAAUAUUCUUCAUUACAGCCCGAAUGCUUUGGAGUCCGAUUGGCAUAUCAGGUUUUUGAUGUAUCAGCUGCUGUCUGCCCUUACUUACUUGCAUGGAUUAGGGGUUCACCAUGGUAAUCUAUGCCCAUCAAAUGUGAUGCUUACUGAUUCAUGCUGGGCUUGGCUGCGCAUUUGGGAUUACCAUAGGCUAGGAUUCAAUUUAUGUUUCGAACAUGGGAAAUCCAACAGUAGCCAUAUUCCUUCUAGAGUAGGUUGCUCUGUAGAAGAUUGUUCUUCUCAAGGAUUAUAUGCCGAUUUGAAGCUCUCCCCACCUUUAGAUUGGAAUUCUCAAUUCAAUAGGUGGUGGAGGGGAGAGCUGAGUAAUUUUGAGUAUUUGCUUUUCUUAAACAAACUGGUUGGCAGAAGGUGGGGGGAUCACACCUUUCAUCCAGUAAUGCCAUGGGUAAUAGAUUUUAGCACAAAACCAAAUGAGGAUUCUGAUUCUGGGUGGCGGGAUUUAAGCAAGAGUAAAUGGAGGUUGGCAAAAGGUGAUGAACAGUUGGAUUUUACAUAUUCAUCAUCUGAAGUUCCACACCAUGUCUCAGAUGAGUGUCUAUCAGAAUUAGCUGUUUGCAGCUAUAAAGCGAGGAGGUUGCCUUUAAGUGUUUUGCGGAUGGCUGUUCGCUCUGUCUAUGAACCUAAUGAGUACCCUUCAACUAUGCAAAGACUUUAUCAAUGGACACCUGAUGAGUGCAUCCCUGAAUUUUACUGUGAUCCUCGAAUAUUUUAUUCUCAACAUUCUGGUAUGACUGAUUUGGCUGUUCCAUCAUGGGCGGGUAGUCCUGAAGAAUUCAUUAAAUUGCACCGAGAGGCUUUAGAGAGUAACCGAGUCUCAUGUCAAAUCCAUCAUUGGAUUGAUAUAAACUUUGGAUAUAAAAUGUCAGGGCCAGCAGCUGUUGCCGCAAAGAAUGUUAUGCUGUCUUCAUCAGAGCCUGCAAAGCCAAGGUCAAUUGGACGGCGCCAGCUCUUUACUAAACCACACCCUUCACGUCAAGUUUCUAUGCAGGGAAUACCAGAUAGAAUGAAAGAGUCAGCUGUUGGUCAGCACCAAGCACAUGAAGUAGAAACUGAGAAAUCUUUUCUCUAUAAAAGUACCUGUUUACAAGAAUUGGAACAAGCAUCUUCAUUUUCCGAACAUGCCCAACAUUUAAGUCCAGUCUAUUGCCAUGCUCAACAAAACCUUCUGAAGCAAAACCCUUCUUUCAAAGAGUCUCAAACUGAGAAUCUGGAGAGAAGUGCUUCAAAUCCACAUGAUAUUAGCAAUUACUGCAGGUUUUCACCCGAUGUUGAUUUGAAUUAUCUUCUUGAGCAUAUAGAUAUGCAGGAUGACGAUUCCACAGGCUAUCAAGAAUUAUUGCUUUGGAGGAAGAAAUCAUGUUUAUCAAGAACUUCCUCCAAAGAGGAUGCAGAGGACAUAUUUUCUGUUGGUUGUCUCUUGGCUGAACUUUACUUGAGGAGGCCACUUUUUUGUUCAACUUCAUUAGGCAUGUACUUGGAAAGUGGUGUUUUUCCUGGACUUAUGCAGGAGCUUCCAUCUCAUAUUAAAAUACUAGUUGAAGCUUGUAUUGAGAAGGACUCGAUGAGGAGGCCAUCUGCCAAAAGUCUAUUGGAAUCUCCAUUUUUUCCUUCAACAGUGAAAUCAGUAUACUUGUUUACUGCUCCGCUUCAACUUAUGGCAACAAAUGGAUCCCGACUUCAAUAUGCAGCUAAUUUUGCAAAGCAAGGGGCACUAAAAGCGAUGGGAACUCUUGCAGCUGAAAUGUGUGCUCCAUACUGUUUGUCACUUGCUUCAGCUCCUUUAUCUGAUGCUGAAGCUGAAUGGGCUUACUUACUGCUGAAAGAAUUCAUAAAAUGUUUGACCCCAAAAGCAGUGAAGGCAUCAGUUUUACCUGUUAUCCAGAAGAUUCUGCAGACCACAGGUUAUUCUCAUUUGAAAGUUUCUCUUCUUCAAGACUCAUUUGUUCGAGAGAUAUGGAAUCAAAUUGGUAAACAAUCAUAUUUGGAAACAAUACAUCCUUUGGUCAUAUCAAAUCUAUAUAUUUCUCCUCACAAGAUUUCAGCAGCUGCUGCGUCUGUUCUGCUUAUUUGCUCAAGUGAAGAGCUUGGUGUGCCUAUUACUGUUCAUCAGACAAUCCUGCCUCUGAUUCACUGCUUUGGGAAGGGACUAUGCCCUGAUGGAAUUGAUGUGCUGGUCAGGAUUGGUGGUCUUUUGGGAGAAACCUUUAUUCUCAAACAGAUGCUACCACUGCUUAAACAUGUUGCUCAUUCUUGUAUUGGUGUUUCUUCUAUGAAUAAGCCUGAGCCUAUGCAUAGUUGGUGUAGUUCAGCACUUGUUGAUUGUCUAAUGACAUUGGAUGGUCUUGUAGCUUUCUUACCAAGGGAAGCUAUUGUAAAAGACCUGAUUGAGGAUCAGAGUUGUCUACAUGUUCUGGCUCUUACGCAAACGAAUUUAGAGAUCACAGUGCUUCAGGUUGCUGCUACAACUUUAAUGGCAAUUUGUCAGCGGAUUGGACCGGAGUUGACUGCAUUGCAUGUCCUGCCACAACUCAAGGUUCUUUUUGAUGAGCUGGCCUUCUCACAAGAAAUUUCCAAUGGAUCUGGUUCUCUUGGUAAAAGCUUGAAGGUUUCAAAAUCAAAAGUUAAUGGAGAGUUUCAAUUAGAGAGUCGCAUGGAUCUUGUGUUGCUUCUAUAUCCUUCUUUUUGUUCUCUGCUUGGAAUAGAGAAACUUCGUCAGUGUUGUACUACGUGGUUGCUUCUUGAGCAGUUUCUUUUACGGUUUCACAAUUGGAAGUGGGAAUAUACAGGGGAAUCACCUCGAAGUGGUGUAGAGAAUGUAAUUGCUAAAGUGCCUUUAUUGAGCAAGGGGUCAACAUCUGAUUACAGUCCUGCUAAACUGUUACUUAAUGGGGUUGGCUGGUCAAUUCCACAAUCACAGGGAAUUAGAAGCUCCAAAAACUUAAUGCCUCAGAGACGUUUGGCCAAUGCUCAUCAGAGUUCUGUCCAAACGUAUGAAUCAGCUUCAAAACAUUUCAAGACUGAACCCUGGUUUUGGUUCCCUAGUCCAGCUGCCAGCUGGGAUGGUUCCGACCACCUUGGACGCUUUGUGAGUCCUAAAGAUGAAUUUCCAUGGAAGAUAAGAGCAUCUAUUUUAUCCUCAGUUCGUGCACAUCAAGGGGCAUUGAGAUCAUUAGCAGUUUGCCAAGAUGAAAAUACAGUUUUCACUGCAGGCAUUGGUCCUGGGUUCAAAGGAACUGUUCAGAAAUGGGAUUUGACUAGAAUAAAUUGUGUAUCUGGAUAUUAUGGUCAUGAGGAGGUUGUAAAUGACAUAUGCAUCUUAUCAUUGAGCGGAAGAAUAGCAUCUUGUGAUGGAAUGAUACAUGUUUGGGAUAGCCAAACAGGGAAGCUGAUAUCUGUAUUCUCAGAACCAUCCACAGAUUCCCUGCAUCUUGUGAGCCCUUUAUCUUCUUCAACAAAGAUCGGUGCUGAUCAUGUUGACAUGUUGAACUCAAACACUUCUUCAAGUGGAGUACUUAGUAGUCCAUUUGAUGAAAGCUUGUACACUUGUAUGCAUUAUUUAGAGGAGGUUGAAAAGCUCGUGGUCGGCACUGGAAAUGGUUCUCUCAGAUUCCUUGAUGUUUCUCAAGGUCGAAAGCUUCAUUUAUGGAAAGGUGAAUUCAGUGAAUCUGCUUUUCCUUCUCUUGUCUCUGCCAUAUGCUCAUGUGGGUCUAACAAAGAGCAAGGGAACGGAGCUUCCGCUUCACCAAGUUGGAUUGCCGCUGGAUUAAGUUCUGGUCACUGUAGGUUAUUUGAUGUGAGGAGUGGAUGUGUUACUGCUUGUUGGCGGGCUCAUGAUGGAUAUGUUACAAAGUUGGCUGCCCCAGAAGAUCAUCUGCUAGUUUCAAGCUCUCUUGACAGGACUUUGAAAAUCUGGGACUUGAGAAGAAACAUACCGACAGCUGUCACUUUCAAGGGACAUACCGAUGGAGUAUCCAGUUUCUCAGUUUGGGGACAGGAUGUUAUUUCAAUAUCUAGAAAUAAGAUUGGACUUUCCUCGUUAGCUAAUUCCGCUGAUGAGGAUGGGCAACAUCGGAUUAUACCUCAGAAACUGUAUUCAUCAGAUCAUGGAAGUCGAAAUGUGUCGGUGCUGUCGAGCAUAAGUAUAAUACCCUUCUCAAGACUGUUUCUAGUUGGGACUGAAGAUGGUUAUCUCAGAAUCUGUUGUUAGAUGGGAGAUGCCUCCAUGAAUCAUCAAUGUCUGUAAUUAGUGAGAUGCAAUGAUGAAUGUUUCAUUCAAAAAUGGUUCUUUUUGGCAGAAUUUCUGGUGCCAGCUCUGAAUUAAAGUUCCAAAUUGUUAAUCAUGUUAGGUAUAGGAGCACAAAAAUUAGACAAAUUACAUAUAUAUAUAUUUUUUUUGGGGGGGGGGGGGUGAUGGGGGUAUUCUUGUCAUUAUGACACAGAGUUGCUAAUUGUAACUAAUGAUAGUGUGUUGAGAUUUAUCACAUUCAUGUAAUAGUAGUUAUUUAAAUUUAUAAGGUCAAAUUUAACUUUACGUUUUUGUCAA